CGUGUGAAGGGAAACCUGAUCAGAAUCAGAAUGAACCGCUAAACUAGCAUGAACAUCAAAAUCAUGGGGUUCAUCAUUCAAAGACAUUAUACAUUAGAACAUUUACCGAUACUUUAGUUAUCAGAGUUUGGCAGAGGCGCCUGUCCUCUCUCUACUGUGUUUGUUUACAUUUAGUUUCAUUUGAGUUGUCAUUGUCGAGAUGGAUUACCUGCUACAGGUGAAAGUGGGAGCGCUGGUUGGGCUGCUGUUCUUAACUCUAUUUUUUGGUUUCAUCCCAGCGCGGAUGAAAUGGUUUCAAGAUACUAGUGGAACAGCAAUCCACAGAGCCGUGCUGAGUUUUGUGAGCUGCUUCGCAGGAGGCGUCUUCCUGUCCGCCUGUUUAUUAGACAUCAUCCCAGACUACCUCUCCGACAUACAUGUAGUGCUACAAAAACAAGGCCUUGAUGAGGGCUUCCCGGUUGCAGAGUUCAUCAUGGCGUGUGGCUUCUUCACCGUCUUGAUCUUAGAGAAAAUGGUUCUGAGCUGCACAGAGGGCCGCAGAAAUGAGGAGACGGCUCCUCUUUUAGCUCCCGUGGGUCACGGUCAUGCCCACGGACAGAACUCGCUGAAUGAGCUGGAGGGGAGUAGUCACCACGUCCACGUGGAUUUUCAUGCGCACUCGUCCUUCCGCUCCUUCAUGCUCUUCUUGUCUCUCUCUCUACACUCUGUGUUUGAGGGUUUGGCCAUUGGCUUGCAGACCACAGACACUAAGGUGUUGGAGAUCUGCAUUGCUAUCCUGGUUCACAAGAGCAUCAUUGUCUUCAGUCUGUCGGUGAAGCUGGUUCAGAGCGCGGUCAAGCCCAUGUGGGUGUUGCUCUACGUGACGGUCUUCGCUGUGAUGUCUCCUCUCGGCAUUGCUAUUGGCAUUCUAGUGAUCGAGGCUCAGCUGGAGGACGGUGCUUUUAUCCAGGCGGUGCUGGAGGGAUUGGCGGCCGGGACCUUUAUCUACAUCACCUUCUUAGAGAUCCUUCCCCAUGAACUGAACUCCCCUGAGCGGCCACUGCUCAAAGUUUUCUUCCUCCUCUGUGGAUUCUCAGUAAUGGCUGGUUUGAGUUUUCUGGGUUGAAAACUGGAUGAGACUUCCCAAACUGUGCAUGAUUUCAAGAAAAUGAAAGAUUCACUUUGCUUGUUUUAUAGAGGAACUGAGAGUCUGUUUUUUUACAAGCGAAACGUUUUUUUACUUUUACCAGAUCAUUUUACAAUGAAUUUCAAAAAGUGUUUUAAAUGACUUUUAUAGUGGAGGAAAAUAAUUUUGCUGACCAGAUUUCAGCAUUGAAGAACAGUAUCUCACCUGCAAAUUGGGACUUUUAUAAAUAUUUUUACUUGAACUUGAUUUAACUGGUCAGAUUUUAUCAGUGAAAUUGUUUUCAUGCCACUUUUGUGUUUUCUCUUUGACUUGCAUAACACUAUCCACAAAAGCACCUGUUGCCUGAUCAAAUACUAUUAUACAUGUAUAUUAAAUACUAAAAUACUAUUUUCGUACAUUAUGAACAUUAACUGCCGUAUUUCUUUAUCUUUAUUAUUGUUAUGUACUGUAUACACACUGUUUUUCCCUCUUUAUGUGCCACAUUUCCUGUACACAGAACAUUUUCCAGACAGCCAAAUGUUUGAACAGUUUGUAUUCAUAAUCAUAUAAAAUCAUAAGAUUCCACAGUAAAAUGGGAUAAAAUGUGGUGUGUUCAUUAAAGAACACAAAUGUAUGUGGUCCUUAACCAUAUUAAAUGUAUGAUUAUGAAGAAUAUUUAAACCAUUAAAUAAUGCAUUUCCAUAUAGUGGAAAGAGCAUGCUGUUUUAGUGCAGA